UCUAGUGCCCAUUUACCAUGGCUCCCAACUAUAAGCAAAUUAACACCAAGCUUCUCAACAGCCGUAUAUAGCUUUCUAGGAUCCAUAUAGAAACCCACGAAGCUCUUCUUGAUAAUUCAGUUACAUGGGCCUGGCCCAACAUCGGUUUUCCAAUUUAUUAUAUAUAAUUUUCUUCUAAUUUUUUCUUGAAAGAAGACAAAAAUCGGAAAAACACCAUCAUCGUUGUUCUGUGUUGGCUCGUUAGGGUUUUCGAUUCUCACUUGUUUUUCUUUUCUCCUGUCUUGUGACGUUCUUUGUUUAAAUAUUUCGGCAGAGAAGCAUGGUUUCUAGGUUAAGUAAUGAGAAGCCAAUCGUGUACGAGACUAAAGAGCAUCAUGUUCGUCCUGAUUCGAGCAAUACAGAUGAGCUUUCACUAGAACCAAUCGACCAUCUCAAGAUUUUUGAUCAUAUAAGAAAUAUCAAAGAUCCAGAGCGUCCUUCUUCUUUGGAACACCUCAAAGUACUUACAAAAGACUCAGUCGAAGUGGAUGAUGACAAGAGUUAUGUUAGGGUUACAUUUACUCCAACUAUGAAACUUUGUGGCAUGACUACCUUAAUCGGUCUUUGUGUCCGCGUGAAACUUAUGCGAAACCUUCCUGGGCGAUACAAAGUUGAUAUAAGAGUAGCACCCGGUACUCAUGCAACAGAGGCUGCAGUCAAUAAACAACUAAACGACAAAGAACGUGUGUCCGCUGCAUUAGAGAAUCCAUACAUCGUGGAGAUCGUCGAUGAAUGUCUUUCCGAUCAUUUAAAUAUUGCUUGAUGCAUGCCCUCAAGGUUCACUAUCGUGAUAUGUCUCUGCUUCUACCGCAAAGAGAUUUUCAUCAACUAGGACUUAUCUUGUGUUCAGUUUAUUGUUUCGAUCUAGACUUAGAACUUAUCCAUGGAAUGAUAAUUGAUAUGACCCUAUUAUUAGGCAUUUGCUUUCUUGGAAAGGAAACAACGAGAAGAAGAUUAAUAGUUUUGGAAAGGAUUAUUUCAAUUACGCUACGUCUCCCUGUUCUCUUAUUGUUCCAUUGGUUUCUAUCUUCAGUGACAGUCCUUUUCACUACUGAAUAACACUUCUAUUUCUCUUGAA